AUGCUAGAACAACAAGAGAUUUGGUGGAGUCAGAGAUCUCGAGCCACUUGGCUCAAGCAUGAGGAUCGAAAUACCAUAUUUUUUUCAUUAGAAAGCGACUCGGAGGCGGAAAAUCAUGGUGUGGUUCACAAAUUUUCUAUAGCAUACCACCCUCAAACAAAUGGACAAGCUCAAGUGUCCAAUAGGGAGAUUAAGAAAAUUUUGGGAAAGAUGGUACAACCCAACAAGAAAGAGUGGGACAAACGUCUUGUUGAUGCUCUAUCGGCCUACAGAACAACAUACAAAGCUCUCAUUGGCAUGCCCCAUUUUAGACUUGUUUUUUGUAGAGCAUGCCACCGUCUGGUGGAGGUUGAGAAUCGUUCUUAUUUGGCAGCAAAGUGUUGCAACUUGUCUUUUGUAGAAUCUGGAAUGAAGAGGAAGCUUGAGUUGCAGCAACUUGAGGAGCUUCGUUUGGAGGCUUAUAAGAGUUCAAAGAUUUACAAAGAGAAGACAAAGUUUUCCAGGAUAAAAUGA